CACACACACCUCACACUGCCACACACACACCUGCACACACACCUCACACUGCCACACACACACCUGCACACACACCUCACAACAGUAAAACACACACUGCUGGUACUACACACUCCUCCUGGCCCCCUGUGGACGUCAGCUCUGGGCGGUGCUCCAGGUUGACUGAGGAGAAGUUGAAGCAGGACUCUUGUGGACCCGUCAUCCUCACCCCCAUCACCUCCUCCACCUCCUUCUCUGCUCCUCUUGAGGUGGAGGGAACCUCCAGCCUGACGUCACAGGAGCAAAGAGGAGGUACUGACUCAGACAGAGGACUGAGGCUGAACUCUGAACAUGAACGCUGCACAGAACAGAGAGAGGAAGAGGAGAAGGAGGAGGAGGAGGAGCAGUGGAAAGGGGAGGAGACAGAGGAAGAGAGGGAGGAGAAAGAGCUGGUGGAGAGACAGGAGGAGAGACAGGAAACAGCAGUGACAGAUGAUGAAGGUGAAGAGAAGAAAGAAAAACAGCAGGAGGACACAGAGCGCAGGAAGGAUGAAGAUUUACUGAAUGAAAGUGAAGAGGAAGAGGAAGAGUUGGAUGAGGAGAGAGAUGAUGAGUUAGAGGAGGUGGAGGUAGAAGAGGAGGUGCAGGUUAUAAUUGUACCACAGAAUCAAGACAGAAGGGAGGAGGAGCAAGUGAUGACACAAGAUGAAAGAGGAGGAGGAGAAGAGGAAGACGGGAAGGAGGAGACAGGAGGUGAACAAACACACACAGAUGAUGAAGCUGACUGUACGAACACACACACACAGGACUCUUAUUCUGAAAAUAUUACACUACACACACAGGACUCUUAUUCUGAAAAUACUACACUACACACACACUCCAAGGACUCUUACUCUGAAAAACACACAGUACAAACACACUCUAAAGACUCUUAUUCUGAAAAUAAUACACAGCACUCACACUCGGAAGAGUCCUAUGCUCAGCCCACACACUCCAAGGACUCUUAUUCUGAAAGGAACACAGCACAAACACUCUCUGAAGACUCUUAUUCUGAAAGGAACACAAUACAAACACACUCUGAUGGCUCUUAUUCUGAAAGGAUCACAGCACAAACACUUUCUGAGGACUCUUAUUCUGAAAGGAACACAGCACAAACAGUCUCUGAAGACUCUUAUUCUGAAAGUCAGACUGUACACACACAUACUGAAGAGUCCAACUCUGCAGUAAUGGACACAGACUCAGUUUGGACUGAACCAGAGGAGUCUGUAAACAAACCAGAAGAGAAGAAGAAAGAGGAUGAAGAGGAGGAUGACGAAGAGGAGUGCGACUGUGAGGAGGUUGGUGGAGGAAGAACUGCAGAUCUUCAGACUGAAGGUCUCACCAGUCCUCCUGUCCAGUCACCUGUCAGUGUGUCCACUGGUCCCAGUUCAGCAGAAUCACAACAGCCAGCAGCGUCUCUGCAGCUACACCAGUCAGCUGCUCCCACAGUCCCAGUACAGUUCAGCCAGUCCUCCCAGUUCUCCCAGUCCAGCUUCUACAGUGUGCUGCUAAGAUCUGGAGCUCUGUGUCUGCCUGGAUCCAGAGACCGGAGUGGUCGAGCUCUGCUGACCGUCUGCACCAAGAGCUCCGUGUGGUUGAACCCUGACUGUGACAGCGCAGAGCUGCUGCGCCUCCUGCUCUACUACACCUCCACCCUCAGGUAG